UGUGUAAUGUUUGAUAUAUAUAAGGAAUGAGCUAACAUAAUUAAUAAUCUUUUUUAAUAUUAGAACCGUUGAACGGUAUUCCAAGGUCCUGGGUUCUAGUCCAGGUCCCAUCAGACGGCAGUUAGCUCUGGUUUCUGCACCAUUAAAUUAAAGACGCAUACAAUUUUGUGAGAUAUGACCUUUUAAUUAUAUCGGUUUAUCAAACUUUGGAAAUUAUGUGUAAUAUUGGAUUAAUUGAAGUCGGAAAUACGAGGCGUUCAAGCAAAUAUAUAAGUGUGUAAUGUGUCGGGAAAAUAAAUGAUGUUCUGUUUGUCACCAUAUUGUUUUACAUGUAAGAUAUACGGAAUUAAUGCAUGGGGACAAAAUUAACAUCUCUCGUUACCUUGUAUCAUUUAUCAUGUUUGAUAAUGAAAAAUUAAUUGUUUAUCUAUAAAUAUUAACACUUGUGACCAGCUAAAGAGAUGUGAACCAAACUGCAUAACACAGCAUCAUGCAAGAUUGGACAAGACGAUUCAUGUAACCAGACAUUGAGAAUGUUUUUGAGUGACAAAUUGUUGAUAUGUGCUCACUUAUUUUAAAAUUUCAAAAAGGACUGGUCGAAUUCAACGUAACGUGUACAAGCGAAUCAGCCAUUGGCAAACAAGCGUUAAUCUCAACAGUCAAAAGGUCAUUGACCUGUUAGAAAACAAAAUGGAUUUAUUUGACUCUUCAGUAACUACACAAAACGUUAGUAGUACUACAAUUAUUGACACGUCAAACGUCACACACGAUUUUCACGUGCCUAAGAUUUGGAAUAUGAAGCAUCUUAUAAUGACGUCAGUUAUCUUAGGAAUUCUGAUUUUGUGCACAAUAAUCGGCAACGUGUUUGUUAUUGCAGCUAUUAUUGUAGACAAGAAUCUUCAUAAUAUAGCUAACUAUCUCAUCAUAUCACUGGCUGUCUCAGACUGUAUGGUCGCCAUUAUUGUGAUGCCCAUCAGUGCAGUAAAUGAGGUGACACAGCACUGGUUAAUGGGUGCGGAGGUUUGUGAUAUGUGGAUAGCCAUGGACGUAUUGUGUUGUACAGCCUCUAUUUAUGGUCUUGUGGCCAUUUCUAUCGACAGAUAUUGGGCUGUGACUAAUAUAGAUUACAUGAGAAAACGAACAACUAGACGAAUGUGCAUCAUGAUAAUCAUUGUAUGGAUGACAGCCUUCUCAAUAUCAAUACCAUUCAUUUUGUUGUUAAAAGACGACAAUGAUCCUGAUCAUACUGGUAUUUGCAAGAUU